UAUUACUCUAUUUAUUAUCACCCAGAACAUAUUCAAGUUCAUUCACAGUAGCAAAAUAUAACACCACAAAUACAAUCUUCUUCAAUUUUCCAUUCUCUGUUUCAGCGAUGAAAAGUCUUAAUUCUAAUUCUAAUAUCCCUAACUCUAAGCUAGAAGAUGAAAAGAGUCUUAAGGAGGAGCUUUUGAUUCCGAUUCUAAUGGCAGACCAAGUCAUGAAAAUGGCACAGGAAGCUAAAUCAUCCAAGCUGGAAUGUCACGAACUAGCUACGAAGGUGGAGAUACUCUGCGAAAGUCUCCGAUGUGUAGUGCGAGCGGUGGAAGCGAACCACAAAUCGUUGAACGAUAUACCAAUUCGUCGCAUGGUGAGAGAAGUUUCAAAGAAUGUUGAAAAAACGUUCACACUGGUGCGGAGGUGCAAAAAGCAAGGAGGUAUUGGUGUGCUGAAGCACAUGUUAACAAUGAGGUGUAAUGGUGAUUUUCGGAAAGUCUGCAACCUUCUAGAAUCUUCUAACGGUGAUAUGUUGUGGUUGUUGAAUAUCUUUGAGUCUAAAGGGACUGAUCUUUCAAUCCCUCCUAUUGCCUGUAAUGAUCCAAUAUUGGCUUUGGUCUGGACUUACAUUUAUACCCUUCAGCUUGGUAAUCCUAGCGACCGUGCUGAAGCCGCGACGGAAUUGGGCUCUAUUGCUAAAAUUAAUGUUCGGAAUAAGUUCAUUAUCAUGGAGGAAGGUGGUGUUUUGCCUCUCCUUAAGGUUCUUAAGGAUUCUUCUUUCCCUGAAUGUCAAAUUGCAGCUUCCAAUGCUCUUGUUAACAUUGUCUCUGAUGAUGAUGAUCAACAAAGGAUCGUUCGAUUUCUCAUAAGCAAUCUUGCAGUUCCUGCUAUUGUUCAGGCUCUAUCGGAUGGAGUAUUCAGAGUUCGAGUUUCGGUUGCUAAUUUGGUCUCCGCUAUGGCUGAUCAAGACCUUCUUGCACGUGAGGAGUUUAUACUGGCUAAUGUGACUAAACCCCUGGUGUCGUUAUUGUCAAUUGAUAAUGUUAUUGAUGCUCGAAAUGGCAUCCAUUCACUAGUUCUCAAUAUGUCUGAGGUUGGAUAUGAUGGAAGCAUUUGCAGAGAAAGAGAAGCUGAUCAGAGCCCUGAGUUGAGGAAUGAUGUUAAAGUCAGUUGUGCUAAAGCUCUUUGGAAACUUUCUAAAGGGUGUCUAUUAGCUUGCAAGAAAAUUACGGAGACUAAAGGUUUGCUUUGUUUAGCUAAGAUUAUUGAGUCUGCAAGCGACAAGUUGAAGCUCAACUGUCUCAUGGCUGUUAUGGAAAUUGCAGCCGUGGCAGAGUCCAAUGCUGCUCUUAGAAGAAAUGCUUUUAGGUCUACCGCACCCGCGGCUAAGGAAGUUUUGGAUAAGCUUUUGAAGGUGGUUCGGGAAGAGAGUGAUUCUAAAUUCCUAAUUCCAGCUAUUAAGUCAAUUGGGUCCUUAGCUAAAAACUUUCCUGGAAAGGUUCCUCAUGUUAUCGGUCCCUUGAUUUCACACCUUCGAAAUAGGGAUUUAAAUGUGGCAAGGGAAAUAGUUGUUGCAUUGGAAAAGUUUGUUUGUGACGACAACUACAACCGCGUCGACCAUUCUAAGAUAAUCCUUGAGCUUGACGGAAUUCCCAAGCUAAUGAGGUGGCUACAAGUAAAUGAUCAUCAACAAGUGCAUGGCCUAAAAUUGCUUUGUUAUCUUGCGAUAAAUGUUGGCAAUAGUAAGGUUCUUGAGCAAGAGCAUGUAUUGAUUAGUUUGGAGAAAUUUGCUCAUUCUGUUUUAGCUCAAAAUCCUGACUUGAAAGAAUUGUUCGGAAAGGCUAUUGAUCACCUCACUCUUUUUCAGCCAGGAGUUCAUUAUUACAGACAACCUUUGGGAUUGUGACUAUAAUUACUUAUGGUCCUUGUAAUUAGUAAUGUUGUGACACAGUUGUUUGGUUUCUGCGUAGUUCUGUUCUGUAAUUGAGUUAGUGUUUGCAAUAUAUACAUGUGUGAUGAUUCCAUGCUCAUUAGUCAUUACUCAUUACUUGUUAUAUGCUAUACUCUUCAAGGAAAUGGGUGUACAUUAACACUAUUUAUGGAGAUUGAUGUAUGCCAUUUGGUUUCCUUUUAAGGCAAAAUAAAGGCUUGAUUUUGAUAGCAAGUUGUUAGAUGUUAAGUUAGUGGUGUGUGGGAUAUGAACUUAUCAUAUUGUUAUUAAGCCUUGUGCCCUUAUGACUAACAGUUGUUUGAAUGUUAGAUAUAAAAUUUCGAUCCGACAAUUGGAGUGUGGGAUAAAAUAGUAUUUCAGUGUUUGAAUUCAAAUUCUUUAAUGUAAAUUCAAUUACUUUUAGUCAAUGAAUUCGAUUAGAGGUGAAC